AUGACGGGACGAACAGUAAAAGCUCUUCGGGUUCACGGACCAGGUCAGGGUAAAGACGUGGAAAUUACAUUCGGGGAGGAGCAUCUUCAUGCAAGCGGUGUUUUCGCUAAUGUUUAUUCAGCCAGAUUGUAUAAACCGGUAGAAAUGAUUAUUGCAAUCAAGAAAACAUGGCCCGGUACAAGUUGGUCGGUAAUUAAUCCGGAGGUGUACUAUCUUUCUCGAAUGAAGCAUCGAUGCAUCAUCACACUUCUCUAUCAUUUCACUCUGACAUCAAAUUGUGAAACAUGCCAUUGUAUGGUUUUUGAUUACUUACCUACGGAUAUGGCCAAAUUACGAUUGAGCAAAGUGGAUCGACGUUUUUCGCUUCUGGAUGCUAAAUUAUACGCAUUUCAAAUGUUCUCAGCUAUAGACUACGUGAAUGCCUUAGGCAUUGCACAUCGAGAUGUUAAGCCAUCUAAUAUGAUUGUCGAUGAUGAGAAGGGAAUCUUAAAAUUGGCCGAUUUCGGGAAUGCAAAAUUGUUGAAGAAAGACGAAGAAAAUACACCGUAUCAGGUGACACGUUAUUACCGAGCACCGGAAUUAAUAUUCGGUUCAACUAAGUAUUCAACAGCAGUAGAUGUGUGGGCAUGCGGUUGUGUAUUAUCCGAAUUCGUUACCGGUAAAGUACUCUUACAGGGACGUACCUGCCAUGAUCAGGCUCGAUUAGUCAUCGACAUAUUUGGUUAUCCAAGCACGGAGCAAUGUCAAGCAAUGAAAGUAAACAAACCACGAUAUGCCCGAAAACGUGCCCGCGGUUUACGAGUAAUACUAAAUGCUUUCAAUCCGCCAGCCGAAAUGAUCCAAUUACUUCAAGCUAUCCUUGUUUAUGAACCUUACUUAAGGCUGAAAGGUAAUGAUGUACUCGGACAUUCAUUUUUCAAUGAUUUACGCAAAAUCCCAGCACCGGUACGAAGUAACGGACGAGUGAUACCACAUUUGGAUUACACAAUCUAUCAGCAGAAUACACAAAAGACGCAUUCCGAUAAAACGGACGCGGAUAAUUCGGAUGAAGAGGAAGAUGAGUCAUGA